GAAUCAUCCAUGCAACAAAGAUACCUCUGCUCAGAGUCCGGCCGAUGCGUUUCUCGCCCGAGACACGAUAACGUUAUUAUCCCAAACGUUGGACCCUCACAAAGAAACAACACCCCAUCGUCACGGGAGAUUGCGCCAUCGGACCACGGCUUUCGUGAUCGCCCGCCAACAGCAACAUAACUGGCUUAACCCAGGCAUGUGCGCUCAGGCACGCCAUCCUCUCCACUCUUUGCAAGUGCAGGGAAGAGUCAAUGAUCAUCGCGUGCAGGAACGAAUUCUGGAACCAUGGCUGGACCGAUGCGCCGAUGCGCCGAGGGGUCGAGGGGUAGCGGGGUUGCCGGAAUAUACCACAGAAUUUCCGAAAGAUACCAGCAAAGACUUUAUCCACGGAGCAAGACCACAGGCAGUCCCCCGCAAUGGCUCUCACCCAACAACCCCCCACCACGAUCCCCUUGGACAUCUUCCCGGACGGCCUCAAAACCACCGGCCAACACCCCCCGCUCUACGAACACAUCCACCCCUUCGACCGCUUCCCCAAGGAAAUCACCGGCCCGACCGUCUGGAAACCCGAGGACUACCGCGAACACCCGGAGAAAUGGACCCAUCGGUUUACUGCUGCGGAGGUCGAGGAGUUGUCUACGACGGCGGACGCCUUCCUGGCGAAUAAGAUCCCGUUGACGGGUAUCAGCAAGACCAAUUUCCCCCUCCCCACCCUCUCCACGCGCCUGCACACCCUGCGCGAAGACCUCCUGAACGGCAAGGGCUUCAUCCUCUUCAAGGGCCUCCCCGUGCACGAAUGGGGCAACCACAAAUCCGCCGUCGCGUACAUGGGCCUAGGCACGUAUCUGGGGUAUUUUGUGAGCCAGAACAGCCGCGGCCACGUUCUGGGCCACGUCAAGGAUCUGGGUGAGGAUCCGACGCAGAUCGACUCGGUGCGCAUCUAUCGCACGAAUGCGCGACAAUUCUUCCACGCCGAUGACUCCGACAUCGUCGGCCUGCUAUGCAUCCACCGCGCGCGCGAGGGCGGCGAAUCCGACCUCGUCUCCUCGCACCACGUGUACAACACCCUCGCCAAGGAGCGGCCGGACGUGCUGAAGACGCUGACGGAGCCGAUCUGGUACUUCGAUCGGAAGGGGGAGACGAGUCAGGGUGAGGAGGAGUGGAUCCGGACCAGUGUGGUGUAUCUGGAGCGGGAGGGGGAUGCGCCGGCUAGGGUGUAUACUAAAUGGGACCCGUAUUAUGUCCGCUCGCUCACGCGCUUCUCCUCGACGGGCCUGAUCCCGCCGCUCAGCGCGGCGCAGACCGAAGCCCUCGAGGUGCUGGAAGCCACCUGCAACCGGCUGUCGCUGCACAUGAUCCUCGAAGUCGGCGACAUCCAGUUCCUGGCGAACUCGCACGUGCUGCACGCGCGCACGGCGUACGUGGACCACGCGCCGCCGACGCCGCGGCGGCAUCUGAUGCGGCUGUGGCUGGCGACGCCCGAGAGCGAGGGCGGCUGGCGCUUGCCGUUCUGGGAUAGUAAUGAGAAGAAGCGCGGGGGCAUUCAGGUCGAUGAUCAGCCGCCGGUGGCGCCUUUGGAUGCGGAGUAGAUUUUCUUUCGUGGUUGGUCGGUCUCGGACUGUAGUGAUUGUCUUGUGUUGUAAGAUUUAGCCCUGUCUUGUCUGUUGGUUGGAAUUAAAAUACCAUUGUUUUCUCUCUAAAA